UUUAAGUUGGAACAAGCACUUGUAUCCUUCUGGUAUUGAGGAGCUGCCAGAUUUCAGUGACGAGGAUGGCUCAAAAGUUCUUGUCGAUGCACGAGACAAACUUGGUAUACCGUGGCAGUAUUCUGAAAAUGAGAAGCACGGCAUGUUCUUGAUGGCCUUUGAGAACAAGGCAGGGUUGCCUGUGGAGCCUGCCACCUUCCAGUUGUACGUCCCUGCUCUCAGUGCACUCUGGAGGGAUUCUGGUAUCAGGGAGGCUUUUAGCCGGAGGAGCGAGUUUCAGCUGGGUGAAUCAGUGAAGUAUUUCCUGGAUAACUUGGACCGGAUCGGUCAGCUGAAUUACUUUCCUAGUAAGCAAGACAUCCUGCUGGCUAGGAAAGCCACCAAGGGAAUUGUGGAACAUGACUUCGUUAUUAAAAAAAUCCCCUUCAAGAUGGUGGAUGUGGGCGGCCAGCGGUCCCAGCGCCAGAAGUGGUUCCAGUGCUUCGACGGGAUCACGUCCAUCCUGUUCAUGGUCUCCUCCAGUGAGUACGACCAGGUCCUCAUGGAGGACAGGCGCACCAACCGGCUGGUGGAGUCCAUGAACAUCUUCGAGACCAUAGUCAACAACAAGCUCUUCUUCAACGUCUCCAUCAUUCUGUUCCUCAACAAGAUGGACCUCCUGGUGGAGAAGGUGAAGACUGUCAGCAUCAAGAAGCACUUCCCAGAUUUCAGGGGUGACCCGCAUAGGCUGGAAGAUGUCCAGCGCUACCUGGUCCAGUGUUUCGAUAGAAAGAGGCGAAACCGCAGCAAGCCGCUGUUCCACCACUUCACGACCGCUAUAGACACCGAGAACAUCCGCUUUGUGUUCCAUGCUGUGAAGGACACCAUCCUGCAGGAGAACCUGAAAGAUAUCAUGUUGCAGUGAGAGAAAGAGCCUCCUGUCUGUGGUCCCAUGACUCUUGGUCAGAUCGCUCUGGUGUGUAGUCUCUGAAUGGUCCUUGAGUGGGUUUCUCGGAUCCAGGCCAUCAAAUGCCUGGCUCAAGAAUGCUGCAAAACCAGCCCAGCCAGUGAGCUCUAGGCUAAAUGACGUGGAAACUUUGAUGUAGCUACUGAAUCCUGGGGACGAGUGAAACUACUGAAAAUCCAAGUGAUCACUUUGGUAUUAAUGUGGAAUGCCUAAUAACACAGCUUUCUUUUUACAGAAACAUUA